UCGUUUACCUUUGAACGGUGAAGGAAUCUCCCGAAGCAAGAGCGCAUCCAUCCAAUUCCGAGAUGGCCACCUCCCUCCUACCGCUUCUCCUCCUCGUCCUCGCCGCCGUCGCGCCGGGCCCUUCCUCCGCGCGCCACGUCGUCACCUUCACCCCCGCCCGCGGCGUCUCCCCCGCCGCGCUCGCCUGGGACCCCACGGCGCAGCACUUCGUCGUCGCCGGCGGCGGCGACGCAGUCCUCUCCGUCUCCGACGCCGGCGUCACCGAGUCGAUCGUGUCCUCCGGGGCCUCGGCCGUAGCCGUCGACGACCGCCGGCGGCGCCUCCUCGUGGCGUCCCCGGGCUCCGUCUCCGCCUUUGACCUCCGCACCCCGCGCCCCCACGCCUGGCUAUUCUCCACCCCGCUCCCCGACCCGGCGCCGCCCGGCGGCGUCGCGGUAGACCCGCACUCGGGCGCCGCUUUCCUCACCCUGGGCUCCCGAAUCUACAAGGUUUCCCCUGACGGCGACCUCGCGGCGCUCCCUUCCUCGCCGGUGUACGGGUCCGAUCCGCUGGGCUCCCUCGCCGCGCACGUCAGCCGCGGGUUCCUGCUGGUGGGCCAGCCCAGCACGGGCCACCUCCUCCGCGUCGAUAUGGAGGACGGCGCCACGAGGACCGUGUCGGGCGCCCUGGCGCCUCCCUCGCCGUCCGCGGUGGCGGUGCGGAGCGACGGGACGGUGGCGGUUUCCGGGGGCGCCGCGCUGCGCCUCGUCGGGAGCAACGACGGGUGGGCGUCGUGCGCCGAGCGCGACGAGGCGGAGCCGGACGGCGCCGCCGCUGUGGCCGCCGUGGCGGUGAGGGAGCGGAGGCGGGUGUACGCGCUGGUGGCGGACGGCGCCGGCAACAAGUGGCGGAUCGAGGAGGUGGCGUGGAAGAAGGAAGGGAAAGGGGAGAUGUUGGUGGGGCUCAUCUUCGUCGGCGUCGCGCUCGCCAUCUUCAUGUUCUGGAGGUUCCAGAUGCGGCAGCUCGCCGGCAGCAUGAACAAGAAGAUCAGAUAGUAACAACACUGUAAUGCUCUGAAAUUCUGCUUGUUUUUAGGAGGAUUUUGCUUUGUUUUGCUCUGCACCUGUUGGUAUACAUACCUGUAGAUUAGAAAUUCUACAUAUCAGUGAACAAUCUGUUAUGGGAGGGAGAGUAGAAUUGAUCCUUGUCUGCAACACGAUGUGAUGGAGUUUGAUCAAAAGGCUGUUAUGAACUUGAGCAAAAUAGAUGUGAAUUACUCUUGCGCAAAGCCUUUUCAAAAAUGUUGUCAAUUGUAUUGGUUUAUGGAUGCAAAGUGUACUUGAGCUAGAUGUCUUCAUGCUUUGGUUACUUUAGCUUGUUUUGAUCAGUAUUUCUACAGUUUGCAAGUUACAGGUCUGAGAAUUGAAUAUUAUGUGCUCCC